AUGCUUGUGCACAACUAUUUGAAUCCCACUUCCCAACAUAGGAAAGUGAGUUGGAAGGCUGCUCAUAUUCUCUUCCAGCUUGUGAUUGAGCACUCUGUCAAUGUUGAGUUCUACAUCUGUGAAAGCCUCAUCGCAGCUGGUGCCUCAAAUGCCAUUGUUCUGACAACAAGUCUUGUUCAACCUCGAAUUAUCACAGCUUUGGCUACUCAUGCUAGUGUCCUUGCACUGUCUACGGAUGAUAUUGGCUCUUCCAACACCAUCAAAGUCAAUAAUCAGGAACGUCUUGACACCUAUGGUGAGCUGCUGCUGACACUUGUUGUGCAUAUUCAGCCACCUGAUCCUCCUCAUCCUACUUGGGCUCGCAGCCUCUAA